AUGGGGUCAUUGGGUCAGCAUAAACCUCAUGUAGUUGUCUUCCCUUACCCAGUCCAGGGUCAUAUGAAUCCAUUAAUGGAGUUUGCCAAGAGGCUUGUCUGCAGAAACAUCCAUGUAACCUUCAUCACCACAGAGAGAGUUAGAGAGGGAAUGAUACAAUCUCAGGAUGAGGCUGCUGCUCAUGUGACCAAUGCCUUGCAGGAUAUCAGAAUUGAAACAAUUUCAGAUGGGCUUUCUCCUGAUUGUGAGAACACCAAAGAUGUAGAUAUGAGAAUUGAUUUGUUGAAAAAGGUGGGAGGUCUUACAUUCGAACGACUGAUAGAGAGGCUCAAUUCUCAAGUCAUGUGCAGUUUUUUCCAUUAUCAUUUUUACACAGGAAUGGGUUUUAUGGUUCACAAGAAUCCAUUUUUCAUGAGAAUGAAUGGUACACUUAAAGUGAAAGCAAAAGAUGAAGCAGGGAAUGUGAGUGAUGUUAUAGAAAUACCAGGGCUUCCACAACUAUGCCAAUCAGACUUGCCAACCUUUCUACAGCCUUGA